AUGCACUAUUUGGAGUUUAAAUUCUUUAAUAAUUCGACACAUAGAAAGGAACAAAUACGAAUCUAUGAGCAAAUUACGAAUCUAUUGACUAAUCCGGACCAAACCAAGGAAGGUUCAUAUGGAUGGUAUAGAAAACAACUGGAUAAGAAGAAUCAACUAGGAAAUACACUAUUUAAAGAUCCAAUAAUGACUAAAUUGGGGUUUCAAGAGACACACACAACGAGUGCUGAAUUAUUUCCAUAUUUCAGAACUAUUAACACAACUGAAGAGUGUAGGAAUCAACAUUCUUGUAGAUUUUAUGCAGACAAGACAGCAGGAGAGUUCUUGAAAGAGGGAGUGGAAUUGGAUGCAGUUUUGCAACAUUGUCAAUAUAAGGAUCCAUACUUUUUAAAUUCUGAAAGUGAUGAAGCAAAAAUUGUGAAUGAAUUUCAGUUUAAUGUUGUGAAUUCGAAUAUGAAUUUGAGGAGGGAGAAAUUGGUUGGAGAUGAAGAGGCACUUUUACAUCACUCUCAUCAGUUGGAUAAUUUAUUUGGUGAAAAGAUUUGGAGAGGAAUGAGAAGAUUGUCAAUUAUCAUGUGUAGUGAGGCUCGUGUUCAUGAACUCGUUGGUGGAAUUACACAACAUGCAGAUAGCUAUUGGUCAAAGCAAAGAUUUGCACGUUCCACAGCCGACAUUUCCAUUUGCUUCCUUUCCACAUGUUCUGUUUGGAUCAAUUACCAUUAUCAGGAUAUGAGUCUUUCCAAGUCAAAGGAAUUUGGAACUAAACCAUUCAAAAAAAAUAAGGGAAUUUGUGCUUUUAUUUCAAAUUGUGAUCAAGCUGGUUGCACUGAUUUGAAACAAAGAUUUGAACUCUUGAAUACACUCUCAAAAUACAUUCCAGUGAGACAAUAUGGUAGAUGUGGAAAGAAUGCACAAGAAGGACCAGGUGGUAAAACAUUUGAAAUUGAAAAUAAUUGUCGAUUCUAUUAUGCAGCUGAAAAUUCAAUUGCCAAAGAUUAUGUUACUGAGAAAUUCUUUGAAGGAUUGAGAGCUCUCGAGCACGGAUCGAAAGUAUUAAUGCUCUACAGAGGUGCUCCAAAUUUGAGACAAGAUUGGGGUAUUCCAAAGAGUCUCUACUUGGAUCAUAAUGAUUUUGAAUCUGUGGAUGCAUUGGGUCAAUAUUUGAAGAAAUUGAAUGAUGAUGAUAAUGCCUUUGAAGAACGGUUCAGUAAAAUUACAAUGCAAGAAAGAAAGAAGGUUGAUAAGGCACUUGCAGCAUUCAAUCCACGUCUUGGAUCAAACAUUCCAUGUAGAAUUUGCAGUGUAAUUGGAGAAAUGAAAUUGGCACGUUAUUUACUCUUCAAAAUUGGAUUAAAGACAAGUAGAGCUAAGGUCAACCUGAACGAGUGGAAUGAAUUUAAAUCUAAAUUCAAUCUUUCAGAGGAAAGAGUGAAAAUAUUGGACGAUAUUUAUCAUACUGCCUAUGGAAUCUUCCAAUCUGCAAACAAUAAGGAAAAUAGAUUUAAUUUGGGAUGGGAUUUCGGGAGGAAGGAUGAAGUACAGCACACAGAGGGAGAGGGGGUUGGUUCUGGUGACAGAAAAUUCUCUGGUCUUGUGGUUAAGCGAAAUAAUAAACGAAAAUUACUCUAA